AUGCGUCUCUCCUUUGUCGCUAGCGCGCUGGCGCUAUCUUCCUCUGCUCUUGCUUUCUCAGACACAUCUCCAUUCAUUCUCAUUUCAACUGCUCGCUUCGCCGACGCCCCCAGCCAGAACCAACUACAAACAUCUUCCCAAGUCGAGGGAUCCGCGAAGAGCUUCCUAGAGUCAUGCCCAACCGACCGAUACCUUGUCGUGCUGCAGCCGAAAUUAAACACCAACGACUUCCGAGGAGCAAAUGGCAAGUCGGUACCGAACCUCCAGCGAGCCCUAUCCCACGAGAAUGUCGCGACGGCCUGGAGUGUUGCCAGUGUUGCUGGCGAGGUGUCGGCCGAUGGGAUUGCCGAUUAUAUAAAUAAGGCCUGCGCGAAGGCGGACAAGACUCCCGCUGUGGAGCAGAUGAACCUGCCUGCGCUCCCAUCUCAGAACUCUGCUAGCAAGCUUGCUGAGAAUGAUCAUGCUCUCGCCGAGUCGAUCAAGACCGUUCAAUCUGGCGGAUCUUACACAAUUGUUUACCUUUCAACACCUGGCGAGGCUCCUGAGGUGCAAAGAGAGCCUGUCCAUCAAGAGUUGAAGAAGCGAGCAACAUAUUCUCAGGUUGUUCGGAGGGAGGAUGAGGGUGACACUGAAAGGGAUACAAGACCUCUUUUCGAGAAGUACGAGUUCUUCAACAAAGGACUUUUCAUGACACUUUUCGCAUCCCUGUUCUUCGUGACGAUUCUGAGCUUUGGCAUUCGUGCGCUCGCGAGCCUCGAGGUUUCGUACGGAGCUUUCACGAAGGAGAUGGGUCCAGGUGCUCAGAAGAAGCAGCAGUAA